AUGCAACAGAUGCGGGCGGCCCUACUUGAUCCCCAUUAUGUCAAGACAUGGGUAAAACGCGGGGAUGUGGAGAUGAAGCGCGACAAGGCGAACACGGCGCAUAGUUCGUACCAGAAAGCAAUUGAGUUUUUAGAUUUUCAGGAGAUCCAGGCGGAGGCCUCGAUCACUAGAAAAGCAUGGUCUUCAGAAGACCUCUCUUGA